AUCCAUAAAGAGAGACUUAUUGCUCCAUCGCCGACACCGCCUGACCUCUUCCUCUUCGCGACCGGCGGCCAUGGCGUCCAACACCGUCAAGCUCAUCGACAUUGCAGUGAACUUCACCGAUGGCAUGUUUAAGGGCAUCUACCACGGCAAGCAGUGCCACUCUGCCGACCUCCCCGGCGUCCUCGCGCGAGCCUGGGCUGCCGGCGUCCACCGCAUCAUUGUCACCGGAGGGUCUCUGAAGGAGUCUAGGGAAGCGCUUGAGAUCGCCGAGACCGAUGGGAGGCUGUUUUGCACCGUGGGAGUCCACCCGACGAGAUGCGGGGAGUUUGAGGAGAGUGGAGACCCAGAAGGGCAUUUUCAGGCGCUCUUGGCUUUGGCAAAGGAGGGCAUCGAGAAGGGCAAGGUUGUGGCAGUUGGCGAAUGUGGUUUGGAUUAUGACAGACUUCAGUUCUGUCCUUCAGAUAUACAGAAGAAGUACUUUGAGAAACAAUUCGAAUUGGCUGAAGCAGUAAAACUACCAAUGUUUCUUCACAUGCGUGCUGCUGGUGAAGACUUCUCUGAAAUGUUAUCGCAAAAUCUGUACAGGUUCCCAGGUGGGGUUACACAUUCCUUCACUGGUACUGCAGAAGAACGUGAGAAGCUUCUUUCUAUCGAGAAUAUGUUUAUAGGUAUUAACGGCUGCUCUUUGAAGACUAUUGAAAAUCUAGAGAUUGUACGAGGCAUUCCUGCAGAGAGGAUGAUGAUAGAGACAGAUUCUCCUUAUUGUGACAUUAAAAAUACUCAUGCUGGAAUCCAGUUUGUAAAGUCGAUCUGGCCAUCCAAGAAGAAAGAGAAGUACGAACCUGGUAUAACAGUUAAGGGUCGCAAUGAGCCUUGUUUAGUAAGGCAAGUCCUUGAGGUAGUGGCUGGAUGCAAAGGUAUUGCCGAUAUAGAGGGCUUAAGUAAAACUCUUUACCACAACACAUGCAGGCUCUUCUUCCCUCAUGACAUAGAUGUUUCUGCAGAUGCACAGCUUGAGAGUGGUGGUGUUACUGCAGAACAGAAUAGCUGAUAAUGCAGAGCGAAUUGUUUUGAAAUAUUUCAUUUUACUUGCUCUUCGGUUUCGUGGUGUCUAUGAAAUAUUUAUGGUGUCCUAAAAUUCUUGUAAUUUGACAAGCUUCAGUUUGAAAUGGCAUCGUAUGUUUGUGUC